AUGAAUAUGUUGGAUGAUGAAGAUGACCAAAGCUUUCACGCUACGCGUGACGGCUACUCCCAUUUGAGCGAUGUCGAAUGGGAUGCGGUUGAACGAAUGGGUUCGACCAUGGGCAUCCAUGCUGUUAGCGUCAUGCUAGAGGCUCUCAAUAGAGAUGCCCAACAUGCUACUAUCGCCAAGUUCAUUCAAAAUGAACUUGACGCAGAACGCGAGAAAGUAGCCUUGCUUCACCAACAAGGUUCUCAACAAGCAGAGUUGUUGAGAGAACAAGGUGCUCAACAGUUUGAACUGUUGAGACAGCAGCAGGCUGCUGCUGGCGGGUCGAUGCACUCGCGUCGGCCCGAGACUUUGAAGAUUGACAUCUCAAAGUAUAGGGGGGUCGAAGAAGACUCCCUCUUGAGAUGGUUCGUCGAAUUGGAUGACGCCAUAAGGGCGCGUCGCAUCGACGACGGGGAUAUGCAAGUUGCAUUUGCCCAGUCAAAUCUGGCAGGACGUGCCAAGACUUGGGCACUGGGGCUCAAGCUGCACGACCCAUAUGCGUUUGGGUCGUUGGAAGUCUUCAAGUCGCGGCUCAGACAAACGUUUGAACCGCCUAGAGCUGAGUUCAGGGCUCGAACCGAACUCUUGAAGCUCAAGCAGGGUAAGCGUGAUGUGCACGCUUACGCUCAACACAUACGACAUCUUACGAGUUGUAUAAGUUCCAAUCCGGUGGAUGAACACACGUUGGUUUCGGUGUUCAUGCAGGGUCUUGCGGAUGGUCCCGUCAAGACUCACCUGUUCCGGCUUGAACUAGAUUCACUAGAACAAGCCAUUUCCAUUGCGGAGCAGGAAGACUUCAGUCUGAGACAGGCUCGCGCCAGCUCGACAUCAUAUCGUCAACCGAGACGAUAUGACAACGGAGGUCCAGAGCCGAUGGAACUCUGUUAUGUAGAGAGCGAGAAGGCUCGCUCUACAGGCUACAAGAAGUUACAGAGAUGCAACAGAUGUCAAAAGACAGGACACUACGCUUAUGAGUGUAGUGCCCCUCGUCCAGUGUCUCGCGACACUGGGCGUAGUGACCGUCCACCCAUGAGAAAGGGGCAGGGACGAGGGUCCGCAGUUGGUGCAAAGACGCAACAACGGGAUGGACCGUCAAAAAACGGACAGGAUCAGUAG